GUUCCAAAUGAGGCGCCCUCAUCCUGACCAACGAGCAGCUCGUCAGCACAAUAUCUGGAGUCGACAGCAGGGGUGGAGAUAGGAGGAAGAGCCUGACUCACAUAUGCGCCCAUCGAGGCAAGACCUCCAUUCGGAGGGGGAGCCAGAAAGGGAUGCAUCGCCUGAAUCGCCAUCGUUGUGGGAACUUGAGCGAGACCUUACAAUGUCGCUGUGAGAUCAACAACUAUAUGCACAGUUGAAUGGGCUGAUGAGCUUUUUUCACUAUUGACAGUUUUCGGAUAUAUGCAGACAACCGCAUUCGGCUUUUUGUCAGGAACAUGAAAGACAUACAUUGCCACGUCACAAUCCGAUACCGGCCCGCUCGUGCCGGGAUCUCCGGGCCCCUGGAAUAUCAUAAGACCGAGCGACUGUUGCUCACUACUCCUGUACAACAUCAUGGUCGCUUCCGUAAUUCUGGUAGGAGCUGCCGGCUUCGGUUCGUGGCAUCUUGCCAAUCAACGUCGUCUCAAUGCCGCUGGACGCUGUCAGCUCAUAGCUUUGGUCGAUCCAGCUGUCAAAAGGCAGUCUGACGCUGGCAGCCAAGACAUCCCUCAGGAUGCGCCGUUAUUCAACACCUUGACCGAAGCCGUAGAGAGCGUGGGUGUCCCGAACAUUGUCAUUGUAUCCACUCCCAUCCACAUCCACGCUCUCAUCGCCAAGGAGGCUUUGCUAGCCGGCGCAAAUGUCUAUCUGGAGAAGCCACCGUUCGCCUGCAUGGCCGACUUCGAGCAUCUGCUUUGCGUUCAACGUGAAACAGGUCUUGCGGUUCAAGUCGGGUUCCAGAGUCUUGGGUCGACCGCUCUUGAGGCAUUUGACGCGGACGAGAUGAAAAUCGGUCAUAUCAAAGCUGUACGAGCCAUGGGGCUGUGGUUGAGGAAGAAAGCCUAUUGGAAUCGCUCGCCUUGGGUGGGCAAGCGAAGCUUGGACAACGUUUGGGUCAUGGACGGUGUUGCUACCAACGCACUUUCCCAUGCUGUCGUGACUGGCUUGCGUAUAGCUGGUGCCCGAAGAGUCGAUGAUGUCUUAGAUGUCCAGGUCGAAGGCUAUAGAGCGAAUCCUGUAGAUUCGGACGACACGAUAUCGAUACGAAUCACGUUGAGACAGGGACCUAUCAUCACCGCUGGUCUCACUUUGUGUGCGAGUGAGCAGGUCUCUCCAGUGAUCGAGGUGGUAGGCGAGCGCGGAACUGCCGUGUUCGAGUAUACCACCGACGAUGUCCAAUUGACCCUCGACGGCACCGGUCACUUGAGCAAAUUUGGAAGGACCGACCUAACGGAAAACCUUUUGGAUCACCUGGAAAAGGGCACCCCGUUGUUAUCGCCCCUCAUAUCUUCAGGUGCAUACAUGCGAGUCCUGGAUGCCAUUCGUCUGUCAGGAGAGCCCCAUCACAUCGAGAGACGAUACGUCACGGUCCAUGGCGCAGCUGAUGAGAGCUAUCCUGUCAUUGAAAGGGUCGAGGAGUGGAUCCGCAAAGCCGCUGAUGCCGACAGUCUACUGUCUACCGUGGGUACGCCUUGGGCUUUCAGCCAUACCGACAAGCCAGUUUUUGAGGCGAGCCUCGGAGACCGAAUUAUAUUCCAAAUACAGGAUGGCAAAGGAACACCUCCCUCCUCAUCGGCUCGACCCUAUCUUCACCCUGUCACCUCAAUUGGUGGAGUGGAGGUCACUGCAACUCGGCCAUCUGACCACGACUGGCAUCUUGGGGUCAGUUUUGCCGUGCCAGAUGUGGAUGGUGUUAGCUUCUGGGGAGGAGGUACCUACGUCCAUGGCAAAGGGUAUGUCAUGUUGAACAACCACGGACGACAAGAACUCGAGUCGUCCUAUCGCGAGGGGUCUAAGCUGCUUCAGACCCUGGCUUGGAGGGAUCCAGGGGAUUCUCUUCGGCUUCGUGAACAUAGACGCUUGGAGUGGGAGGAGCUGAGAGGGUUCCACGGCUGGGAGUUGUUGUUCGAGACACGUCUGGAGGCCGUCAGUGGAGACGUCUCUCUUGGAAGCCCGGGAACAAAUGGGAGGGUAAACGCAGGCUAUGGAGGCUUCAACUGGCGACUCCCACGGUGCUCAAACAUUAGGAUCCUCUCGGCAGAUGGCGAGGGGGAAGAGACCGCCCACGGUUCGACCAGCUCCUGGAUCGCAUGGUCCGCUCGCUUUCAGGGACGUCCAGGCGCGUGCGGCGAUGCCACUCUGGUCCUCAUCGCUGGCGACUCCACGAGCUCGAAAGAUCCAUGGAUCGUAAGAGAGCAAGCUUAUCCAGGCUUGGGCUCGGCGGUAGCCUGGAAGGACCGGGUCGAGAUCCCGAAAGGGAUGACCUUGACACGUAGCUUCAGAAUCGCAGUGAUCGACGGGCUACUGGACAGAGAGAAUUGCGAGUCAGUGGCGACGCUCAUGCGUCGCUGACGGGAUCUAGCACCUCCUGCAUGCAUG